AUGGAUGAGUUGCACAAAAUUGCUAAAGCCUAUUACGAAACUGCCAAUAGUGAGAAUAAAGAUCUUGGGCACCGACUUUUCAAGAGAAUGGAUGUGGACGGUGAUGGCCAGAUAAGCCUUCACGAGUUCUUGGCAUUCCUUAAGAAUGAGGGCCGCGGAGAGAUGGCAAGUCCCAGCUUCUUCAAAGAGCUAAACAAAAACGGAACUGGCAGACUAGAUUUAAUGGAAGCAAUGACACUUUGCUACAUAAUUGAGAGUGGCAGAAAAUUCUGCAAUGGUUGCGGUGAGUUUAUGAAGGGAAUUUUCUUGUCUUGCAUGGAAUGCUUUGAUCAUGAGGAUAGGUCCUUCAAUCUCUGCUGUGCAUGUUUCGAACAGGGACGAUACGUGCACAGUCACAAGAAAUUCUUGGAUAACUAUGUUCUGCUUGAAACCAAGAGGUUGGAUGCUUUGAAAGAGAAGAACGCUGCAAAGACGAAGCUUCGGCGGGAAGCUGAGAAGAAGAGAGUAGCAGAAGAAAUAAAGAAGAAUGCUCCAACCCCAGAGGUUAUUACGGAACGGCUCCCCGAACCUGUAAGAGUCAUAAGACACGAGGUUGUACCCUACAAUCCACAUCAAGGAAAUAUGUUGCAUCGUGCAGCAUUGGUCGCUGGGGCGGUCGUUGGGGCGGUGAUUUCUAGAUGUUCCAUUAUGUGAGAAAAUGAAUGAUUUUUGUAAUGGAUUUUCUUAUGAAGGUUGUUUUGUUCAUCAUCUGUUUUUGGACUUUUCAUUGUGAUGAGCCACAUUUAUAGUUUUUGUUGAAACGACUUUGUACUGGAGGUGUUUUUCGUAUUAA